AUGGGUAGCUGGUCUCUCUGGGUGGUGUGCAUCCUCCUUGUUGUGAAGGUUCAUGGAUUUACUCAUGAAGAUAUGAAAAAUGCCAUGUUGAAAAAGCUAGGUAUGGAUGAAGUACCCAACAUUCAGAAAAGAGAUGUUGAGAACCUUGUUAUUCCAGCUCAUAUCAAGAAUAAGUACCUGUCUUUGGUGAAUCUUCACAAGGAGAGAAGGAGAAGAUCGGUGCCAAGUCUUGCUGGUAUCCUAAGAGGAAUUCCAGGAAAUGCAGAUAUCUCUGGAGAAAUUCUUUAUUCUGAUACAACUAGACAGAGACUUGUCUUUGACAUGGAAGCCAGGAUACCUGACAACAGCGAAGUGACAAUGGCUGAACUGAAACUUUUCAAAAAGGCUCCAAGAAAAUUGCCAAGCCCUGAUAAGAAGAAUCACCGACCUGUCAAUAAUGCCAGGGUUAGCGUCUAUUGGGUUGAGACACAAGCAGAUGGGACCAACCGAACAUCACUGGUGGAUUCUAGGUUAGUGCCUAUUCAUGAAACUGGAUGGAAAAGUUUUGACGUGACACAAGCUGUCCACUACUGGCUUAAGACCAACAGAAAAGCUCCAAUGAAUCUGGAGAUCUGGAUUGAAGGAGAGAGGCUUGGGAGCUACGCAGCUGAAGUGGCCAAAUGCAUCAGGUUCACCUCUCAAGACCCCUCAGACAGGACACUGGGGAAGCCAGAACUGGUGCUUUACACUCUUAACCUAGAAGAAUAUGGUUCCCGUGGAGACUGUGCACAAACCACCACAAAACAAAACAACAUCUGCUGCCGGGAGGAAUACUUUAUUAACUUCAGAGAGCUUACUUGGACCCAAUAUUGGAUCAUUGAACCAGCCGGUUACCAGGCAUUCCGAUGUGCAGGAGGCUGCAAACAGCCAAGAAAUCCCCUACGACAUUAUGGCUAUGGGGAACGGACUUGUGCUGUAGUUGAAAGUGCCCCACUACCAAUGAUGUAUCUUGUGAAAAAAGGGGAAUACACGGAAAUUGAAGUGGCUGAGUUUCCCAAUAUGAUAGUAGAAAAGUGUGGCUGUACAAUGGACAAUAUAUCAGUUGUUUAAAAUCAAACUAUUGUAGGUAUAUAUGAAACAACUACUCCUUUCUUAGUACUUGUGGACUGCUUUUGAGAAUAUUCAUGAACUGCGGG